AUGCGUGACAUUUGGGAGAAGUUCCGGGCGGCACCGCCGGUGACGAAGGCGGCGCCAGCGAGGGCCUUUCACCCCCAGAUCUCGCACCUGCCGGUGAUGAAGGCGGCGGCGGCGAGGGGGAGAAGGAGGACCUUCUUAGCGCGCUCCCCGAUGACAUCAUCCUCCUCGUCCUCCUCCACCUCCCUUUUGCCGCGGCCGCCGCGCGGACCUGCGUCCUUUCUCGUCGCUGGAGCCGCCUCUGGGCGCAGCUCCCGGAGCUGCGGUUCCCGCUCCCCGCUCCCCGCCGAACCGGCUGCUGCGCGUCCCUCGCCGGUCUCGGCGUGCGCGGCUCUCGCCCAACAUGAGGCGCCCGCGCUCAGGUUCCUGAGCAUCGUGUCCAACGAUGCCGACCCGAGGGACGCGGCCGCGGUACUCCGCCUUGCAGCGCCCCGCCUCACCAACGAGCUCCUUUUCCAUAACGUGCUGACGAAGGUUCCGGAUGCCGGUGUAAGGGCCGCCGUUGAGAUGCCCUGCUUCGACAGGGCCGAACGGCUUAUCCUCCGCCUAGGUUACCUUGGUCUCGUGCUGCCACCGUCCGGCGUGUUCACAAAGCUCACCAUGCUGGACCUGGCCUACGUCCAGUUCCCAGGCGCCUGCGACAUCGGCGACGCCUUCUCGUCUGCUCGUUGCCCUUCAUUGCGACAACUUCGUCUUGUCGACACUCGGGUGUCCAACCUCGCUAUCUUCUCAGAGUCUCUCCUAAGCUUGUGGUUGGAAACUGUCAAAGGGUUGCAGCAGCUCACUGUUGUGUCACCGAUGCUGAUAGAACUGCGUAUUGUUCACUGCUUCGUCAGGCAACCAGUGGUUGACAUCGUUGCUCCUGUUAUGGAAAUGAUUCAGUGGCAUGAUAGAUAUGAUCCCAUCUCAGUCCAUCUUGGUGAGAUGGUGCAUCUACAGAGACUGGCAACCUUAUUCCUUGAAUUGCGUGAUCAUCAGUACAAUUGGGGCACUUUGAUGUUAUUGCAGUGCUUUCAGAAGAUCCCUUAUCUUUACAUUUCAAUCGUCCAUCCACCUAAGAUGGUUAACUACCAUUACUUGAUGGAAGCUCUAACCUUGUCCCCAGUUGAGGACUUAUGGCUGCGCUUAGUAACAAUUGGACAUGCUGUUGUCUCUUGCAUAUUCCGUUUCCUAAAGAUUUUUACCAGUAUACGAAGGCUGUUUCUGCAGAUACAUGAAGACAUUCCGCCGCAAGACUGGAAAACUGAGGAGCUCUGCUUGAAUUCUCUCGAGGAAUUGGAUAUUUGUGGAUUCAGCGUUCCAGAUUGUGAUUUUGCAUUUGUGAAACGACUAUUGGGAUGGACACCAGUGCUCAAAACAGUUACUAUAAAUUUUGAUCCUUCGGCAACUCUCGAUGAGGAUCUGUGUAAGGAGCUACUUGGCCUCUCUGGACCAGAUACUAGCAUGAAGAUUUACGUUUAA